UUAAAAUUCAGAAAAUGUCAAGACAUAGUUCGCAAGGGCAUGAAGCCAGAAGCCUCGUUACUGAGUCUCCAAAAUAUAAUAUCACAGAUUUUAGUUGAAAUAGUAAUAUUUGUGAUCAUCAGAAAGAUUAUAAUCAAUCAGAAUUGAGCUGCAACUUAUGAUCUGUAUAUCUUGAUCAAGAAUUGCAUGGGAUUAAAGAAACUUCUUUCAACCAGCACGCUGACGUCUGCCUCAAAGAACACUGGGACCACUUGAUCCAAGAUGAGCCGUACCUGUGCCAGCCAUUCACCAAACAAAACACAGGGUUCGCAGAUAUCAGAAAGUCGCUGAUCGAGUGGAUUUUCAACUGAGGAGACAAGCUCAAGCAGAGGAGUCUCACACUCCAGCUCGCCAUCGUCUACUUGGACAAACUGUUUUUGUUGGGCAAGCAGGCGACUGUUCGGCAAGACAAGCACUUGUGGGGGCUUACCGCUUUGCUACUGGCUUCCAAAUAUGAUGAGAUUGAUUGAAACAUACCAUAUAUAAAGGACUUCAGAAAAGUUUCUUCUGAAGCUAGAUAUUCAUGGAAUGAGGUUACACAAUGCGAGAGUCUUAUUGCAGAGACUCUCAAGUGGGACCUUAUGAUUAUUAGUCCAUUAAAUUAUACAUAUGCUUUGUUGACAUUCGGAGUUAUAUUCAGUAACGAUGAAUUUAAAUACAGGAAUAGUCUGUUAAAGACUAUUGAGCAUACUCACAGAGAAUGUAAAUAAUGAAAAUGAUAAAAUUAUUAAAAUUACGGAAAAUAAAAUAAAAUCUGUCAGAAAAUACUGAGAGUUUUAUACUGACAUGGCGAUUCAAUCUUAUGAUUGACAGCAAUAUAAAUAUUCUAUACAAGCACUUAGUUCAGUUAUUGCAGCAAGACAAACUUGAGGAAUCAUUCCUAUUUGGAAUGAUAUAUUUUCCAAAAUUACUGGUUAUUCAUAUGAAGAUAUUGAAGAAUGCUCAAGAAAGUUGCAUACAAAGUAUGAAAAAUUUUUCUGCAAGACUAAAAAGCCUACAAAGACUAAACUUUCAAAGGCCAAAUCUGAUGACCAAGACAUACUUACGACGUCUCAAUCAGUCUCCAACCUUGCUAUGAACUCUACUGUUACAGACUCUCUGACUCUUAUCAAAGCAGUAUCUAUCAGUAACAAAAUUCGUGAAAAUUCUCAAAAAUUUAAGGAAAAUGAUCCUUCUGAUCGCUCAGCCUACAUAAAAGGAGUGCCUACAAUUGGAAAACUGAAUAGCAGCAGUUUUUCCACAAAUCCUCUUCAGCCAGUAAAAUCUUUUAAUCUGCAGAAAGAAAAGCAAGCUAUGGCUGCUGAAGCAGGGUAUUCAAGUCAAAAGGAAGGAAACAGGUUCGGCUCUAAGAGUAAGGGAUAUCAAGCAACUACUAUCUCUAUGUCAAGGAAAGGGAGUGUAAAAAGUAUAGAUUCCAAUACUGGUAAUAAAGCCUUCAAAUCUUUCUUAAAGCAACCUACUAAGAUAAAACUUAGAAUGGCUAGAUCUAAUGACACUCAAAAUUCUAGCCAUAUUUCCGAAAAAUCUUAUAGACAGAAUAGAAUAUUGAGGAAGAGAAGAAAGCAACCUUCUGAAUCUAUUGAUAGUGAGCGAAAUGGAAACAAUAGAUAUGGAGCUACACUUAGAUUAUUUAGUGGCAACUCUCAAUCUAAGACAAAUCUUAGUUUCAGUAGCUCAGUCGUUUGCCAAAAGAUCAAGAAGAAUCAGAGCAAAUCUAAGAUCUCAAGUAAUGUCAGCCAUAGUGAGAUCGGAAACGAGACAUCAAGAAUUAAUAAAUAUUCUAUUGUUACAUGAGGCACUACUUUUGAUCAUUGUAAAGACCAAAGUAAACCUCCAAAGCAGGCCUGUGGGACAAUAUUCCCGAGAAGGUCUUCAGGAUUACUUCGGCCUAAGACUAGCAUUGGUAGGAACCACUCUUUGUACUCUAAUGCAAAGAAGUUUAACAAUAGCUGUGUAGAAUCUAAAAUCAAUGUGGAUCACUUCUUGACUAAUAGAUCAAAUUCUGAGCAAGGAAGUAUUCAACCUUUCGUAACCGAACCAGUGAAGGGGAAUGAACAAAAUGAAACCACAGUUGUUAAUGUCAGUGAAGUUAAUGGAUCCAUGCAUGAAAGCCGCAAGUUGACUAAAAACUACAGUCUAAAGACUAUUUUUGAAAAGAAGAGACUAAACAGCAAAGAUUUUAUUAAGAAUAACAUCAAUUAUGUGAAUAAAUUAAGUUCAAAGGUCAAAAAUGAUAAUGAGCAAAAGAGCAAAGAAAAGAGGAGAAAUGGGAAGCCAUCUCUUCAUAAAAAUCACUCAAUCGGGAACCUGGCCAAAGGAACCAGGAACAAGACUAAUGUUUCUAGAGUGAUAAACAAAUCAGCUGCAUCUAUUGGGAUUCCAAAACCCAAGAGUAUAGCGCAUAGAGGGAAGUAAUUUUGGUAGCCAGAAUUUAGCUGUAAUUGGAAGCUUCAAAAAUAAUUUAAUAAUCAUUCAGCAU